AUCCGUAAACUUAAAGAAAGUAAUAUAAUACGGAGUAUCAAUUUUAGCAAAAAAAUUCAGCAAAAAUAAGGUGAACUGAAUGAGAGCCUAAAGUAAGAAAUAGUCAUAAACUAUGGACCCUUGACCCAAUAAAAGUACCAGUAAUCCACUAUAUACUUUCAUGCAUAAGUCUCCCUCCCAAAUAUGAAAUACCCUAUAACAACAUAGUAUCAUAAAAAGACGCCGAGUACUUGAUCGACUUAGCUUAAGUUUUUCACCCUCUCUUCUGACACUCACUUCCAACGUUCACUCUUUUCUUACACUGAACUAGAAACCCUUCUCCUUUUUUCUUGGGAUUUUCCUCUUCAAAUUAUCAAAUGAAUCAAAACCCAGAUUUUAUUUGCUUCCAAUUUUUGUUACUACCCAAGAAUUUACUUCCUCUGAAAUAAUACCCAACUCAAAUCUUUUCUGAUUUUUCAAACCCUUUUCUGGGUAUCCUCUGUUCCUCCCGUUAGAGCCAAGAAUUUCAUUCUGAUCUUUCUGAAAAAUUAAUCACUUUGUUUAAUUUUUCUGAGUUAUUUUUGAUUCCAAGAACUUCAAAAAUGAAGAAGAAAGAUAUCAAAAAGAAGUCUUUACAGAAAAUCAGAGCAAAAGAAGGGUUUGUCAGAGAUCAACUUUUACCCUUAAAUUCAUCAAAAAAUUCAGAAAAUAUACACAAAAUUCAACUGGGUAUUGGAAAAAAUCAUCAUUUGAGUAGUAAAUUGCGAGAAUUUUCCAUAAAAUCUUCGUGGGUAUCUUCUGAAAUGUACAACAAUGGCAGAAAAUUCGUCUGCAAAUUAUGUGGAAAAGGGUUUAAGUCUGCUAGAGCUGUGUUUGGGCAUUUGAGAUGUCAUUCAAAGAGAAAAUCUGAGGCUGAAUUUGAGGAUUGUUCUGUCAAUGAGGGAUUGUUGGAGCAAGAACUAAUGAAGCAGCCGGAGACGCCUCGAAAGAAAAGAUCAGGAAGAAGGUAUACAGAUAAAACUAAUUGCUCUAAUAGCACUUCUUGGUGUAGUUUGUAUGGCUCAAAUUCUGCUGUUACUGAUGAUGAAGAAUUAUUAGAUAUUGCUGCUUCUUUGUUGAUGCUUUCUAAGGGUGCGUUUUAUUCUGUUGAUCAUGUUUCUGAUAAUAAUGAUGCUUCAGUAAAAAUAGAACCUAGAUUGCCUAUUAACUCUGUUAGUAAUGAUGAUAAUGGUGAUGAUCAUGUGGCCGAGUGCGCUGCUGCUGUUGAUUUAGGGUCAUAUGUUGAUGUUUUGAGAAGUGGGGGUGAUUCUGUAAAUGAGAACAGAAAAGAAUUUCAGGGUUUUGAUUGUGGGUUGUCUUUGAAUCAGCCUGAGAAUAUUGAACAUGGACCUGUUUCUGAUGUUGAGAUUCAAUCUGAUAUGCUGCUGUAUGAUGCUGGAAUUAAGGAUGGGACUAUUGGGGUUCUUGUGGAUGGAACAUUGUUUAGUAAUUCGAAUGCUAUUACAUGUGUUCCUGCUGCUGAAGAAACGAAGUAUGAGUCUGUCGAUGUUAGUGAUCGAAUGUAUGAUGAGUCGAAUUUAAGAAUUUGUGGUCCAACAAAUCAUGAUCAUGUUGGAAGUGGACCUAGUGUUCAUAAUGAGCAGGAAUCUGUGUUGUUUGAUGCCAAAAUCAGUGAUGAUACUAGAGGGGUUUUGGAAGCAGAUACAAUGGUUGAUAAAUUGAGUCCAAAUUGCAGUGAUCCUGUGAUUGAAGAAAAGAAGCAUGAGGAUGUAGGAGUUGCUGAUCAAACACCUGAUAAAUGUAAUUCAAGAGCUAGUGAAUCAGCAAUGGAAAAUUCUUCCUCCGAAAAGUGCCAGAAGCAUAUCUGCAGUAUCUGCAGCAAGAGUUUCCUGUCAUAUCAGUCUUUGGGAGGCCAUCGUUUGCACUGUCAGAGGCUUUGUUGUUUGGAAAGCCAAGCACACAUGAAUGCAAACACCAGUACUGACAUUACUCUUGGUGAGAAAGAUGGUGUCGAAGAUGGGGAUAACAAAAUGAAGAAGAGAUGGAACCAUGACAAUGAUAAGAAGAAGAGAUGGAAGAAGCACAAAUGUCUGAUGUGUGACAAAGAUUUCCGUUCAGGCCAAGCUUUGGGUGGACAUAUGAGGGCUCAUUAUCAGAGCAAAGAUCAGGCCAGCGAGGCAGAGAAUGUGGCUUGUGACAAAGAAAACUUGGCAGAUAUCGAAGAAGAUAGAAAAGAAGAGAAUGAUGCCUACGAUGAUAAAAUCCUAGCAGCAGUCAGAGAUCUAAGAAAGCAAGAGAAUGAUGUUUGCUCCAACAAAAUUCAGCUGUCAUUAAAGGAAAGACAAAUGAUCAUCGUGCCCCAAGGCAACAUACCCUUGAUGGUCUAGUUUUAAUAAUUGUGAGACUGAUUUCUACCAACAUUGUUUUUGUAAAGAUAGGAGGAGGCGAGGCACUGCUAGUUGCUUAGGUUCUGACUGUUUUAGUGGAACACUUUGUUCUAAAUUGUCUCCUUUUUGUCUCGUUAUAGUCUUGCUUUUCUGAUUAGCAAUUCAAAUUUAUCCAAAAUUGAGAAACUAUAUUGGUGAAUUCUUCUCAUUUGUAGUUAAAUGUUGCUGUAACAUCUGGUUGACGGCUAUGUGAUGUAGUUUGAUGAGCUAGACUCUUAAAUGAAAGUUUUCUGUUUAUUAGU